AUGGAUCCUCUACCUGAUAUAACCACAACAUUUUCUUUAAUUUUACAGCAAGAACGACAAAUUAUUGGUCCUUCUGUUGAUGCUAAGGUUUUAAUGAUCUCUUCCAUCAAUGGUACUUCUAAUGCUAAUCAUAGAAAUGGUUCAGGUCAUGGUAAAGCUCACGAAUUUGGUCAAGGCAGAGGUGGAGCUCCUCAACGACAAUGUACUUUUUGCAACAAGCUAGGACACACUGUUGAUCAUUGUUAUUUUAAACAUGGUUUUCCUCCUGGAUAUUCUCUUAGAUACAAGCACAUCAAAUCUAUUAAUUCUUCAAUUGCUGAUGAUGAUUCUAGGUCUGCUCCUAAUUAUCAUAGUUCUCCUAAAUCCAAUCCAUCUGAUGGUAAUGUCUUUCAAUUCACUGCUAACCAAAUUAAUCAACUCAAACAUUUACUACAACAAUUUGCUUCUUAUUCUGAAAAUCAAUCUCAACCUACAAAUCAAAUUUCUCAAAUUGCUGGAGUUUCCUCUAAUCAACACAAUUAUGCUUUAGGUAAUAUCUCUCUAAACUAUUGGAUUCUGGUGCUACUUACCAUGUCACUUGAUCCUACAUCCAAGAUGAUUGGGCAUGCUAAGCUUUUUAAUGGAUUAUAUCAUCUGCAACAACCUAUUAAUGAUGUCAAAUAUUGUGUGUUGUAUUCUUUAAAUUCAAGAUCGUCACAUGUUACUUUUGAUCUUUGGCAUCUUAGAUUAGGACACCCUUCUAAUAAUGUUCUUACUCAUAUUUGUAAACAUUUUCCAUAUGUGAGUUUCAAUUCAUAUAAAAUUUGUGAUUCUUGUUAUCUUGCCAAACAAUCUAGAUUACCUUUUAAUGCCAGUAAUACUAUUUCUGAUAACGCUUUUGAUUUGAUUCAUAUGGAUAUUUGGGGACCCUUGUCCCAUUCUUCUAUUCAUGGUCAUAAAUAUUUUCUAACUAUAGUUGAUGAUUGUACUAGGCACACUUGGAUUUAUCUUAUGAAAGCUAAAUUUGAAACUCAAAAGUUAAUGCAUGAUUUUGUUGUUUUAGUUGAAAAUCAGUUUGACAAAGUUAUCAAAGUUAUUAGGACUCAUAAUGGUGUUGAGUUAUUGUAUCUUUAA